GCAGUUUAAUUUUUUAGGUAGUCGUGAUCGCACCGAACCGGACCACAUCGAGUAUUCAUUGUGUUAAAAUUUCGUUUUGUGCGUGUUCGAACAAUGUGGUUUAUUUUGUAUGCGAUUCUGGCACUGCCGCUGCUAGUGUGGAUGUACUUUGAAGUGAAGUUUGCCCACAAGAAGCGCAUGCUUAACAAAUUAAGGGGUCCGUCGACACUGCCACUUCUCGGCAAUGCCCAUCAAAUUGGAAAAAAUCCGACGGAAAUGCUAAACAAAUUAUUUGAAUGGUGGCAUAAAUAUGACAAGGAUAAUUUUCGUAUAUGGGCAAGCUACUAUGGCAAUAUUAUAGUUUGCAAUCCGAAACACCUGGAGGUGAUACUGAGCAGCAACACUUUGAUCCAAAAAUCAGAUAUUUAUGAUAUGUUGCAUCCCUGGCUUGGCGAGGGACUGCUCACGAGCAAAGGCAGCAAAUGGCAUAAGCAUCGGAAAAUGAUUACGCCCGCAUUCCAUUUUAAUAUACUACAAGACUUUCAUCAAGUUAUGAAUGAGACCUCGACCACAUUUAUCAAUCAGCUGAAAAAGAUUUCAGCUGGCGACAAUAUUAUAGAUUUUCAGAAUGAAACACAUUAUCUAACCCUGGAUGUCAUCUGCAAUACAGCGAUGGGAGUAAAUAUAAAUGCAAUAGAAAAGCGGGACACUGUCAAUGUUGUAAAGGCUUUCAAAGACAUUUGCUACAACAUCAAUAUGCGAGCAUAUGAUCCCCUCAUGCGGACCAACUGGAUUCAUCGCCUUACAGGUAGCUACGUUGAAUUUUCGAAGACCCUCAAAAUCUUACAAGACUUCACCAACGAAAUCAUUGAGAAGCGAAUCGAAGCACAUCGCACUGGUACCGCUAAGAAAAUUGAGGGCGAUGAGUUCUCCCGCAAAAAGAUGGCUUUUUUGGACACACUGCUCUCCUCAACUAUUGACGGCCGUCCAUUGAAUCAGCAGGAGAUCUAUGAGGAGGUUUCAACAUUUAUGUUUGAGGGUCACGAUACGACUACAUCGGGCGUAGGUUUCGCCGCCUAUAUACUAUCCAGAUUUCCGGAAGAGCAGCGCAAACUAUACGAGGAACAGCGCACUGUUAUGGGCAAUCAAAUGCAUCGUGAUGCUACCUUUCAGGAAAUCGCUGAGAUGAAGUACUUGGAUCUGUUUAUUAAGGAGGCGCAGCGAGUGUAUCCCAGUGUACCUUUCAUUGGCCGUUACACUGAUAAGGAUUACGAUAUACAUGGCACCAUUAUGCCAAAGGGCGUCACCCUGAAUCUACCUCUGAUCAUGUUGGGUUAUGAUGAUCGCACUUUCAAAGAACCGCAUCGCUUCUAUCCAGAACGCUUCGAACUGCAGAAGCCGGGUCCCUUUGAUUAUAUUCCCUUCAGCGCAGGUCCCCGCAAUUGUAUUGGUCAAAAGUUUGCCCUAUUGGAGAUUAAGACUGUGAUUUCGAAGCUAGUGCGUACCUUUGAGGUGCUGCCAGCUGUGGAUGAACUUGUUUCCAAGGAUGGCUACUUAAAUACAUAUUUGGGCCUCCCCAAGGCAGAGCAAGAGAUGAAGGAGUCGCAGGGUCACAAAUACGAUCCGAUCUUAUCCGCCGUUCUGACCCUUAAGUCCGACAAUGGCCUACAUCUGCGGUUGCGUGAAAGGAAAUAG